AGUGGCUGAGGUUUAUUUCGUUUCCCUGCACUGCACAUUCAAAUGCUUUCUCUCCAUAAUCUCUUCCCCCACAAGCACUUAUUUCCCAUCUCACACCUCGCUGUACUAACAAGAAAGCACACAACAGUAGUCGCCUCUCAAUUUCUAGCACACGAUGAUGGCACCAGAAGAACAAACUCGACUUCACCUUCAUGUGUUGUUCGUGCAGUGGAGAAAGAUUCAAGAGAAUUCAACGUGGACCCAGAAAAGGCUAAAGAAGCCCUUCAAAAACUAGACCAGCAGCUGCAAACCCUCUCCAAGAAACAAGUCAGCCCUCCCAAAAUAAAAGCUUCGGAGGUGAAAAUUGGUAGGGAUGAAGAGGCAGAGGAGAUGCCUGAAGUUUCAGGAUCUUUUCUAACAUAUUUAGCUGGUGGUCUUCUUAUCUUCACUGUCUUUUAUAAUAUCUUAUUUUAUACUGUAAUAAAGCCAGGGAUAGAUGGACAGGAGUCACCUCCAAUGACCAAUGAAACAGAGUCUGAAGCAAUUUUACAGUGAUUAAAUUAGAAUUCCCCGAUGGUUAAAUAUAAGAGCUUCUCUGUAUUGUUGGAAACUCCAGAGAAUUGUUGAAGCAGACCAGAUUUAGAAGGUAAAGGAUGACUAAUCUGUAAGCAUUUUUUUUUCUUCCUUUUUUGAUUUGUAAACUACUAUGUUAUCUUCUUCACUCUCUUUAAGAAAUAACUGAUUGGAAU